UGUUGCCAUAGCAAUCUCAACCAUCUAUUUUUACGACAAGACGUAACGCGAUAUCGGAAAUGAGCCUGCCGGAUGCUGACAGGGACUCGCGGCUACGGUAGUGGCGCAUUCGUCUGCGGGCAGCACCCCGUUCCCACAGCAACCGCAGGCCAGCGGACGAUGUUGAUCUGCGCUCCUGGAGGAGGAGAGGACGGGGCCUGCUGCAGGGACUCCCCGCAGCUCGGGGCUCGAUUAGCCCGCCCAUGCCUGUGAUCCCGAUCCCCCGACGGGUGCGCUCCUUCCACGGGCCACACAGUACGUGCAUGCACUCGGCCUGCGGGCCGGCGCGCACGACGCAACUGGUGCACAGCAAGUACAACAACUUCGACCUGUACCUGAAGUCGCGGUGGAUGUACGGCUUCGUCCGCUUCCUGCUCUACUUCGGCUGCAGUCUGCUGACCUCCCUCCUGUGGGUGGCGCUGUCCGCCCUCUUCUGCCUCCAGUACGUGGGCGUGCGCGUCUUCCUGCGCCUUCAGUACAAGCUGUCCGUCAUUCUCCUGUUGCUGGGACACCGGCGCCUGGACUUUAGCGUUCUGAACGAGCUCUUCAUCUACAGCAUACACGUGACCAUGUUCCUGGUGGGCGGUCUGGGCUGGUGCUUCAUGGUUUUCGUGGACAUGUAGUCACGUUCGGUGACGGGACAGCUACCGUCAUGCGUCCCGUGCAGCGCCAACUUUAAUUCUGCGCGGUAUCGAUGGGGCAGGAUGGUUCAAGCUUCUUCUUAGUCCCAGAGGUUUCAUAAAGAUGUACAUAGUCAUCUCGUUCGGUGCCCAUGCUUUACUGGGGAUGGGCAGUGUUGCGAAGAGUGCGACUCACUGUGGGUUGUAACGUUGUGUCUGCCUGACAGUGAGCAGUUCUUGAAGCGGGUAGGAGGGGGGGGUCUGGGUGCAGGAGAAAUUAUGUUGAGCUCCAUCACAGCGAUGUUACUGGAGACUGGUUGUAGGUGCAGGUCAACGUGUUUGCAGCGGCCGCACCCAUAACCGGCCAGUGUCCGGAAGGUUCUGAGCGUUGUGAUUGGUUGUGUGUCGGCCAGUCUUGGGCACAAACUCAAGCUGUUGUGCUGCUCGUACAGCGCAACAGCACAUUCCCGCCAGAGGCUUGCGCUGCUGCCAACCAAAAAAUAAAAAAACGGAACACUCAGUGCCCUCUGCUGCCUUGUGGGAUACUGUUGGGCAAGACUGUCAUGAGUGAGUGGUUGGUGAAGAACAGGCUUUCCUAUUGUUCUCGGAUCAAGACGUAAUGCGUCUCAUAGCCUUUGUGCAUACGCAAAUCUGAGUCCUUCCUGUUGUGCUCGGGAAGAUAUUCCAAUGAACCCCCUCCCCCUGCCCCCCCCAGGUAAUUUUAGAAGGACCGGUUCAUACUGUACGUGAUUGUUGCCAAUUGACGUCGUUAUACAAUGUCUGGAACAGGUCUUAUGCGCCUUUUAGAAUUGCAGGGCACAUGUUGGUAGAGUGUUGAGUAGACAAAUGUAACGUGAUUGUGGCUGGUGUCCAUGUAAUGCUUUUUGGAAUUUGUUUGGAAAGAGUAACGUUGAUAUUUGUAAAUAAACUCAACUCUUUUGCCACUC